AUGAGCGACAGUCACUACGGCGAAUCUGCAGGUUCAGGCUACGGCAGCUACGGAAACCGUGGGUAUUAUAGAGGCCGCGGACGCGGGUCGUCCAGGGGCAGAGGUCGUGGACAAGGAUAUGAUAGCUACCAAGGUGCUGGAUACCGCAAUUACGACGGGCGAAGCGACAACUACACCUCGGAAAGAAGUUAUGGUGGCGAAGAUCAUGGCGAAGGGGGGCGAUACGGGAGCGAAAGGUACUAUGGAGGCGAUGGACAUCACGCAGAACGCCGAUAUGGUUCUGAAGAACGAUAUAUGAAUGGCAGAGACGGUUAUCGUCCAGACCGUGAAAAUCGAGAUCGGGGAGAACGAGGUCAAAGAGGUGAUCACUACGAGGAACGUUAUGGCUCUGGUGAUCGCGGACGUGGCUUUAGAGGUCGUUCAGGUGGACGACAUGGCCAUAUUUAUCCUCGUGCGAAUCAUGGAAGACCUAUAGUAGGACACGAAAGAGAAGAUUCUGCUCCUGGUUCAGAAAGAAGCUCGAAGAGCCCUUCCACCAGCUACGUGGCACAAACGACACAUAUAUCAUCUGCGCGUGCGUCUGCGCAUGCAUCCCAAGAUCAUCCUGCCACAGAAUACAACAGCCCAUGGAUUUCCAUAUUGCAAAUCAAAGAUGGGCCAACGAGAAAGAAGCUUGAAGAAAGAUAUAAUGAACUUGAUCAGGUAGACCGAGAACUCGCAUCUGCUCUGAGAGAAUGCUGGCAACUUCAGCGUGCGUUGCAAACGCUCGAACAUCACGCUGCUCGCGAGGCAUUGCAGGUUCAGCAGACAAGUGAAAAGCUCGAUGAGCUUAGCUACCUUUAA